UCUUCAAAACGAACGCACAUGACAAUCUCAACCUUUCUAAGCCUCACUACCGGUAUAUUAACAUCCACAUUGCCACAAGAACCAUCAAAACCGUUGAUAAUAGGCGCUCUCGGAACAUUCUCACUGUUCUACACCGGUUCAAUUAUGGAAUUCGAUAAUUUGGUAACUAUGAGACCGGUUAGAAAGAGUGGGGUGGGAUAUUGGAUGCUGUGUGGAGGUGUGGUGUGUGCUGGGUUAAUGGGCGGUGGGCUUGUUAGGAGUGUUGGGGGAGGAGUGUGGAGUAGGAUAAGGAUUAGGGACAGGAAGUUGAUAAGGGGAUCACUGAUUUAUUAG